UUAGACGUGUGGGCCAGAAUCAAAAUAAAGGCACCGUAUGUCCCUCUGUCUCUCUGCAGACAGCUCCUCAACCAAGAACAAACUCUCAACAUACACAGGACAAACACUCCUGUCACAAACAUAUUAUUUGGGGUGAGGAAUUGUGUUGUGGACAGCUCACUGACCGUACCCAUGGCUCUACUGAAGUCAGGCUGGCUCUGGAGACAGACCUCUAUCCUAAAACACUGGAAGCUGAAUUGGUGUGACCUGUGGAUCGAUGGAACCCUGGCCUUCUACAAGACGGACAGUAGGCGAGAAUUUGAGCACCGAGUGGGCCUCAAGACCAGCUGUUUGAGCGUCAAGUCUGGCCUGGAGUGUGCAGGUCUCUCUCCCCCAGAGAACCACCCCAGGGAAAACCUGGUGGUGGUGCAGCUUAGAGACAGUACCACAGUGAUCCUGUGUGCCAACAGUGAGGACGAGGCACUAGCGUGGAAAUUGACAAUUCUAGAGGUGAGACAAAACCCAUUUGUGUAUGACCCGUAUAACGACUCCUACCCGUCCGUCCCACUGGACGGCCACAACACCAUCUACCUGGCUCCUGGAUCAGGUACCCACCACAUACUGAUCCAGAGAGACCCGUACGAUGGCAUAGGAGAACAGGUGGCACUGGGGCUACUGGCGGGCAUGGCGGCAGGCGCUGCUAUGCGCUCCUUUCUCUGGAUGCCCUUCUUUUUCUGCUGAUAUAGAAAGGCCUCUAUAAGCAGGGAGGCACGGCUGGGAAACGCCCAGGCUCAUAUAUGUAGGAGUGCUGGUGUAGGAAUCACUCCUAAAAGUCUUAUUUUCUUGUCAUCCUUGAGUAAAAGUAAUUAUACCUUAAUAGAAAAGGACUCAAGUAAAAGCGAAAGUCACCCAGGAAAAUACUACUUGAGAAAAAGUCUAAAAGUAUUUGGUUUUAAAUAUACUUAAGUAUCUAAAGUAAAAGUAAAUAUAUACAUUAUUUCAAAUUCCUUAUAUUAAGCAAACCAGACUGCACAAUUAAAAAUAUACAUUUUAUGGAUAGCCAGGGGCACACUCCAAAAAAUAAAUAGUAAAGUACAGGUACUCCAAAACACUACUUAAGUAAUACUUUAAAGUAUUUUUACUUAAGUACUUUAGACCACUGCCGUUGCAGAAUAUGGGUGCACGUGUGUGUGUUUCUGUCUGUGUGUGUGUGUGUAUCAUCAUUUGUUGUACAUUUGUCCUUAAUGACAUAGCCUAAAUUCACACAGCAUAUUUAGUAGGAAUGUACAGUACCCGUCAAAAGUUUGGACACAUCUACUCAUUCCAGGUUUUUACUUUAUUUUUACUAUUUUCUACGUUGUGGAAUAAUAGUGAAGACAUCAAAACUAUGAAAUAACACAUAUGGAAUCAUGUAGUAAACAAAAAAGUGUUAAACAAAUCAAAAUAUAUUGUAUAUUUGAGAUUCUUCAAAUUAGCCACCCUUUGCCUGGAUGACAGCAAUUAACACACACUUGUCAUUCUCUCAACCAGCUUCAUGAGGUAGUCACCUGGAAUGCAUUUCAAUUAACAAGUAUGCCUUGUUAUAAGUUCAUUUGUGGAAUUUCUUUCCUUCUUAAUGCUUUUGAAUCAAUCAGUUGUGUUGUGACAAGGUAAGGGUGGUAUCCAGAAGGAAGCCCUAUUGGAUAAAAGACCAAGUCCAUAUUAUGGCAAGAACAGCUCAAAUAAAGAGAAACGACAGUCCAUCAUUCCUUUAAGACAUGGUCAGUCAAUGACGAAAAGUUUCUUCAAGUGCAAUCGCAAAAACCAUCAAGCGCUAUGUUGAAACUGGCUCUCUCAUGAGGACCGCAACAGGAAAGGAAGACCCAGAGUGUCACGCCCUGACCUUAGAGAUCCUUUAUUCUCUAUUUUGGUUAGUUCGAGGUGUGACUAGGGUGGGGUUUCUAGUUUAUUUAUUUCAAGGUUGGCUUGGUAUGGUUCCCAAUCAGAGGCAGCUGUCUAUUGUUGUCUCUGAUUGGGGAUCAUAUUUAGGCAGCUUUUUCCCACUUGUUUGUGUAUAGUUGCCUUGAGCACUGCAUAGCGUCACGUUCUUUUUGUUCUUUAUUGUUUUUUUGCCGGUUCACGUGAUAAAGAUGAUGAACCCAAACCACGCUGCAUUUUGGUCCGAUUCUUACAACAACGUUUGUGACACAGAGUUACCUCUGCUGCAGAGGAUACGUUCAUUAGAGUUAACUGCACCUCAGAUUGCAGCCCAAAUAAAUGCUUCACAGAGUUCAACUAACAGACACAUCUCAACGUCAACUGUUCAGAGGAGACAGCGAGAAUCAGGCCUUCAUGGUCAAAUUGCUGAGAAGAAACCACUACUAAAGGACACCAAUAAGAAGAAGAGACUUGCUUGGGCCAAGAAAUAAUGUCAAUGGACAUUAUACCGGUGGAAAUCUGUCCUUUAGUCUGAAUCCAAAUUUGAGAUUUUGGUUACAACCGCCGUGUCUUUAUGAGACACAGAGUAGGUGAACGGAUGAUCUCUGCAUGUGUGGUUCCCAUCGUGAAGCACGGAGGAGUAGGUGGGAUGGUGUCGGUGUGCUUUCUGGUGACACUGUGAUUUAUUUAGAAUUCAAGGCACACAUAACCAGCAUGGCUACCAAAGCAUUCUGCAGUGAUACGCCAUCCCAUCUGGUUUGUGCUUAGUGGGACUAACAUUUGUUUUUCAACAGGACAAUGACCCAAACCAGGCUAUGUACGGGCUAUUUGACCAAGAAGGAGAGUGAUGGAUAGCUGCAUCAGAUGACCUGGCCUCCACAAUCACCUGACCUCAACCCAAUUGAGAUGGUUUGGGAUGACUUGGACCGCAGAGCGAAGAGAAAGCAGCCAACAAGUGCUCAGCAUAUGUGGGAACUCCUUUAAGACUUUUGGAAAAGCAUUCCUCAUGAAGCUGGUUGAGAGAAUGCCAAGAGUGUGCAAACGUGUCAUCAAGGCAAAGGGUGGCUACUUUGAAUAAUCAAAAAUAUUCAAAAUAUUUUGAUUUAUUAACACUUUUUUGGUUACUACUGUACAUGAUUCCAUGUGUGCUAUUUCAUAGUUAGUAAAAAAUAAGGAAAAACCCUUGAAUGAGUAGGUGUGUCCAAACUUUUGACUGGUACUCUAUAUGAAAUGUAUACGUUAUGCAACAUAUAUGAAAAACAGAAAUGACCCGACCUGCAUAUUCAGCUGCUUGAGGUUUAUGGCACCCCACAGAACCCUUGACUGCAAUACUUUUUUAACUUGAAACAUUGAGGUGCAAACGCUGAUUACAUGUAUUAACCUUAGAUACUUUACUUAAUUUCAGGUACAGUUUUCCAUUCACUAUGUUUGAGUGCAAUGCUGUUGUUACUUUCAAAUUGAAUAAAAUAGUUUCAAAAGCCAUGGCUAUGAAAAUGUAUAUAAGAUGACAGAAUACUUACUUGCAUAAUCGUAAUAUAAGGCUUUCAUGAGAGUGCAUCACUGUUGCCUGUAUUCAGCCUGUCUGGUGAUGGUGUUCCACAGUCCUUCAUCUUCUUGGCUUUUCCUCCGUGUCUCUUUAGGGUAGUAGCAGUUUCUUUUAUGAUAUAAAGCAUAGAGAAAUAUGUAUCAAAUACACUCCCCUACUUAUAUAUUUGGACAGUGAAGUUAAAAAGUUUCAUUGGUCUCUAUACUCCAGCAUUUUGGAUUUCAGAUCAAAUGUUUUAAAUGAGGCGACAGUACAGAAUGUCACCUUUUAUUUGAGGGUAUUUUCAUAUAUAUCUGUUUUAUAGUUUAGAAAUGAAUGCACUUUAUGUAUCUCGCAUUUGAAGGUGUCAUAAGUAUUUGAACAAAGUGCAUUAAAUGUAGUCCAAAGGUUG